AUGUCUCCUUCUGCUGGGUUCCAAUUUAGUCUGAACUUCCUACAAACAAAGAAAGUCCCGUGGAAGCUCACAGGACUCUGUUACAUACUCCUGUUCACACUAUGCUUUUUUGCUGACCAGGAAAAUGGUGGAAAAGCUCUAGCUUUACCCCCUGGGAUAUGGAAAAAAGCUGAUGUGACGUUUGACUCAAACACAGCAUUCAGCUCACUGGUUGUGUCAGCAAACAAGAAGACUGUGAAAAAUGUGGCUGUCCCCCAAGUUGUGCCAGACAAUCCAGAGAGAUUCAACAGCAUCCCCUGUGUGCUGGGGUCUCCUGGAUUCCGAUCAGGGAAACAUUACUUCGAAGUGAAGUAUGGCACACAAAGGGAAUGGGCUGUUGGGGUAGCUGGGGUGUCUGUGAAGAGAAAAGAAAAUCUCAACCUUGUCCCUGAAGAACGGAUUUGGCAAACGGGCUCUGGAAAGAUUAUUGUGUUUGUGGAUUACGAUGGGGGAAAUGUGUUUUUUGACAUCAAUAGUAACAUCACUACCCUCAAGGCCAGUUUCAAUGGGGAGAAAGUUGUACCCUUUUUCUAUGUAGGGAACAUUGUUUCACUCACAAUUCUUUAA